AUGAACUUCAGUAACCAGAUGUGGACAGGAAACUUCUUAGAGAGAUUGGAUUGGGGUGCUACAUCCAUUGUGUACAGAUGCAAACAGAAGGGGACCCAGAAGCCCUAUGCCCUCAAAGUGUUAAAGAAAACAGUGGACAAAAAGAUUGUAAGAACCGAGAUAGGAGUUCUUCUGCGUCUCUCACACCCGAACAUCAUAAAACUGAAGGAAAUAUUUGAAACCCCCAUAGAGAUCAGUCUGGUCCUGGAGCUUGUCACUGGAGGAGAACUGUUUGACAGAAUUGUGGAGAAGGGAUAUUAUAGUGAGCGUGACGCUGCUGAUGCGGUGAAGCAAAUCCUGGAGGCUGUGGCUUACCUUCAUGAAAAUGGGAUUGUCCAUCGUGACCUCAAACCAGAGAAUCUUCUCUAUGCGACUCCAGCCCCAGAUGCACCUCUCAAAAUUGCUGAUUUUGGACUUUCUAAAAUUGUGGAACACCAAGUGCUUAUGAAGACAGUGUGUGGAACCCCAGGGUACUGCGCCCCCGAGAUUCUCCGAGGCUGUGCCUAUGGUCCUGAGGUGGACAUGUGGUCUGUAGGAAUAAUCACCUAUAUCUUACUUUGUGGAUUUGAACCAUUCUAUGAUGAAAGAGGUGACCAGUUCAUGUUCAGGAGAAUUCUGAAUUGUGAAUAUUACUUCAUUUCCCCCUGGUGGGAUGAAGUAUCUUUAAAUGCCAAGGACUUGGUCAGAAAACUAAUUGUUUUGGAUCCCAAGAAACGGCUGACUACAUUUCAAGCCCUCCAGCACCCGUGGGUGCCAGGCAGAGCAGCCAACUUUGUACACAUGGACACUGCUCAGAAGAAGCUCCAAGAGUUCAACGCUCGGCGCAAGCUUAAGGCAGCUGUAAAGGCUGUGGUGGCCUCUUCUCGGCUGGGGGGGGGCAGCAGCAGCCACACCAACAUCCAGGAGAGUCACAAGGCCAGCCCAGAUCCAUCUUCAACCCAAGAUGUCAAGGACAACACAGCUCUUCUGGGAGAGGAAAUGCAAGAGAACCAAAUGGUAGCUGAGGGUGCAGCAGCUGAGAUAAGGAAUCUGCAAUCCACGGUGAAAGAGAAAGAUGCAGAUAUAAAAGAUGAGGAGGUCUCCAGGAUGGUGCUUCAGGCACUGGAGGAUGGCUUGAAGACCGAUGACCUGGCCAUGAAGAGGAGCUCAGGGGAGAAGCUGAAGUCUUUGGAGGAAGAAAUGGACCCCAAAGCUGAAGAGGGAGCCCCUGCUGUGGGACUUGUGGUUCCACAGCAGGAUGCGAUUCUGCCAGAGGACUAAGAUGGCUUCCCUUAGGUUCAGAAACCAGCCCCAGCAUUUUAUGUACUUUGUCCUUCAGCAAGGAAGGUGGGGGAGCAUGAUAUGCACUAUAUUGAUUCUGUUUUGAGGUGCAAACAAAAAACAAAAAGAAAAAAAACAUAUAUACCAGUUGGUAAUCCUAAUUUCAGUGCAUGUGUUUGCUUUAUGAAAUGUUUUCUACAGCAUGCAAUGGAUCCCUGAUACUGAUGAAUUAAAUUUGAAAUUCCCAGCCAACAAUACAACACUUAAACCCUUUCAGCCUUUGGUGGCACAUAUUUGAGGUGAAAUGAAAAACUAGUUUUUCUUGGAAGGCUUAGGCAUCCUACACCCUUUAGAAGUCUUCAGAGAUGGCAAGUCCUUUGAACUCAACUCAAACAAAGACACAUUCCCAGGACUUUCCAAACCCUUUCAGUGGGUUCAGCUUGGCAGAUGGGAAGGUUAUAAAAGAUACCUGGAGAGUGUCCAAAAACAUCUGCAGUGUUUAGAUGAAGAAGCAUUCUCAAGCCAUGAGUACACAGUCCCCUUAAGUGUGUGUAGAGAAUGUCUUAUUUUAUUCUUAAAUAUGCUAUAUAAGAUUACUCAAAAUAGUCGUCAUAAAAUUCUGCCAGUUUAUAAUUCUUAGGAAAUUAUUAAACUGCUGUUUCUUUCCUUCACCUGCUUUUUCAUUAAAAUGCCCCAUCAGAUGUAUAAAACCUAGGUAAGAAUAAAGAAAUUUAAGUAAAAUUAUAUUUAAUUGGGACUUGGACAUACCAAGAUUAAUUCUUUUUGUAUUUCUGACAUAGAUUUGCAUUUGUAAGCUCAUAUAAUAUUUUGCAUAUAAGCACAUUUUUGUGUAUACACUCUGGAAAUAACAAGUUUCAAGUUCUGGAAAAGUCCAUUGCACAAAUUGGUGCCAAAAUGUAUGAAUGUAAUAAGAACAAUGCAUUCCAUUGUUAGAUAAUUUAUUAUUGAUGUUCUUAGGAUAAGGAAAUGUUUGCAGGAUUCUCCCCUCCAAUUAUGUAGACAUAUUGUUCAUAAGUUUAAAAUUCAUUGUGAAAACUAGUAUCUUUUUCUUACACUUAGAAUGGAAUGGAAGAUGCAUAUUUAUUACGAUGAACUUUCCAUAUUAGGAAUUUAGCACAGUGUCAACUUUUAUUUGUCUUAAAAAUAAGCAAAAACAAAAACAGAAAAGUAAAACAUCUUAAACAAGAUUUCAGGGAGGGUAAAGCAUUAACCUUAACUAGCAUGUUUUUUUUUCCCCCUCAGAAUAAAAAGUUUUCUUUGGUUCAUAGAAAUUAUACUAAAUCCCAUAUCAAGUUUCUUGAGUGAAAAUGAACACUUUAUUAAAACAACUGUUUCACA